UGACUACACUAGCUAGAACUUCCCAGAAGUUAGUCAGCCAUAGCGAGGGACAGGGUGAGGUCCGUCGCUUCCCCGCCUUAGGUUCUCCUGCGCUGUCUGCAACGAGAAUUUUUUCUUCUUCGACAUAAAUGUAUGGCCCCAUGCAACAUAUUUAAAAAUGAAUCGCGAUCAAGCUGACUCCUGCCUGAAAUGCACGGUCUUUUGCCUGCUGCUAUCUGUCGCACUGAUUCAAGCAACUCCAUCCAGCUAUGAUCUGUUCCAAGGUUCCGCGUACUCUAACGCGGGGCACAGGCAAAGGAAUAAGAAUUGGUGUGCGCGUGUUGUUCACAAGAAUGUGACCUGCGCUGUUCUGGAUAGCACACAGAGCUUUGUGGAGCCGGAGGUCGCGCCGUGUCCGCCGCAUCAGCCGGACUGCGCGCAGCAAGUGAUGUACCGGACGCAGUUCCGCCCCACCUACAGGAUCGGGUACAAGACGGUGACCGAGCUGGAGUGGAGGUGCUGCCCAGGGUUCCAGGGUCCCGACUGCAGGGAGCCAAAAGGGGGCGCGGCCAGACAACCGGCUCAGAGACCCCGUCACCAGCCCCAGCCAAUCCCUGGACCAUUCCAACACACGCGGAGGCCGGAGGGGAGGGAGACCGAGCCCCUGGACCGGAGGCAAGGGGAAGACCGGGUGAGGCAGCUGGAGGGGGAGGUGCAGCGCCUCACCCAGACGGUGCUGGACCUGCAGGCGGCCAUGACGGGCAUGAAUGAGAACCUGCGGGUGGACAUCCAGGAGGACACCAGCAAGAUGCUGCUCACCCUGCUGAACACGCUGCAGCUGCCCGACAGCGUGCUGGCCGGAGUCACCGAGAGCGUCCCCCUCAACGGCCACUCCUCGGGGGCCGAGGAUGUGAUGGCCAGGCUGGACCACGUGACCGACGCCCUGAAGCAGAAGAGCGACCUGCUGGAUGAGAUCCAGGGCACCCUCAACGGCCACGAGGGGCAGCUCCGCCAGCUGAUGGAGGCCUCUCACGGCCCCGCGCACCGCUCCGCCCACGGGCCGUCCGCUGACAGCCCCGCCCACUCCCUCGACCCCGUGCAGGCUUACGUGGACAACAAGCUUCAGGAGCUGAAGGAGGGCCUCAUGAAGAGUAUGGAGGACAAGAUGGCCGACCUGAAGAGCUCCUGUGACAGCAAGAUCCUCUCCGUGCAGAAGCAGUGUGAGGACCACGAGAGCAGCUACCUGAGCCUCACGGACCUGGUGGACAACAAGGAGGCCGCACUCAGGAAGGAGAUCCGUGACCUCCGGCUGGACCUGGGGGCACCAGAUGGGCUCGUCAGGACCAACAGGGGGACGGCAGCCGACGAGGCCCCGCCGGACCUGCACGACCUCCGGAGGGAGAUCGAGCGAGUGGCCGAGGCCCACCGCGUGCUCAACGCCAGGCUGGACAAUGAGCUGGAGCACCUCUCCAUGCUGCAGAUCGAGGAUGUGUUCGGCCCCCGCCUGGACGAGCUGGAGGACCGCAUGAACGUGACGGAGAGGAACUCGGAGGUGCACUGCUUCUACGUGGAGGAGAAGCUGACCCGGCUGAUCGCCGACGAGGUGGCCGAGCUCCGGCGGCUGCUGGACGAGAGGAUGAACACUAUGGAGGACCAGUUCACCACCAUGCUGGUGGAGAUCAACAACAGCUCCUUCGCGGGCGGUAACACCGACGGCCUGGAGGCCCUGCGGAACGAGAUGGACUCCAGGAAGCACCUGCUGCAGGGUCUGGAGGAGAAGCUCAACGCCCUGGGGAAAGUCUGCUCCAAGGACUGCGGGGCGAGCCCGGGCGGCCUGGACAGCGUCCUGAGGGAUCUGAGGGCUUACAAGGACGACCUGGACGCCAUGCACUCGGACCUGAGCGGGAACACCAACAAGCUCAAAGAUCUGGAGACCCUGGUGCAGAGGCAGCUGCUGAUUAGCCAGCACAACAGCAAGAACCUGGCCGGCGUGCAGAUGGGUCUGAACUCACUCAAGGGGAAAGUCGAGGGCCUGGAGGGCUCGGUGGCGGACUUAGGGAACUCCCUGAGCAAGCAGGCACAGGACCUGGAGAGUGUGAACUCCACCUGUGGCCAGGUGAGCGAGGUCUGUGUCGCCAAGGCCCAGAGCGUGCAGGAGGCACUGGAGGGUCAGCUGACCCCGGCGGCGGCCAAUAGCAGCCAGGUGGAGGAGCUGAGGAGCCGUCUGGAGGAGUUGAGCAAGGAGGUGAGGGCAGAGCUGGCCCGGCGCAGGGAGGGCACGGAGUCCGGCCAGGGCGCCGGGGCCGGGAACGUGGGCGGCAAACUGGACAACGUGUCCGCCAGCCUGCAGAGUGUGGCGGAGAACCUGGCCCGGCAGAUGGCCAGCCUGGGGACCCACGUCCAGAAUCUCUACGGGGCCCAGCGGGUGCAGGCCAGGGACGUCAUGGGGCUGAGGAACUCCGUCGAGAACCUGCAGGCGCGGCUCUCAGGGAUCCCCCGGAACGCUCCGGACACGUCAGCCACCUCCCCAGACAGACCAAUUGUUCGAGUCACCCCCAUCGAGACCAGGCCCCCCCCUCCCCCCGCUGCCCCGAGACCCGGGGUGUCUGUGAUUCGGAUCCCGCUCAUACCUCAUAGAACACCCCCCGCCACCGCACCCCGCCUGCCGGCCCCGCCCCAGCAACCCGCCGUCCGACAGCAGCCCUCGAUCCCGAGCCAGCCGGCCAGGCCCCGGAGGCCGGUGGUGGAGACAGGGGAGGCGGGACCCCCGGGAACCGUACCCAGGACAGGGGCCAGACCCCCCCAGGGCUCACCGGACGCGACAAACCCCUUCACCGGAUUCGCUGGAGCCCCAGGUCACCCCCCUCUGACCCCAGUGUCAUUUAGACCACGUGUCCUUCCAGCUGCCUACAUCCCUCGCAGGCCAGUGUUGGACACCCCGCUUGUGACUCCAGCAGGGGGCAGUGUUGGCUCAGAGCCGUUCUCCUUCUCGGCUGGCCUGACCGUCGCACCCCUCCCGUGGGACAUGGGUGUGAUCCGCUUCAACAAGGUGCUGGUGAAUGACGGGGGCCAUUACAACCCUCGCUCAGGAGUGUUCACUGUGCCCCAGGACGGUCGGUACCUGAUCAGCGCGGUCCUGACCGCUCAGCGGGGUGACCGUGUGGAAGCUGCACUCUCGGUGUCCGACCGCAGCGUUCAGAGGCUGACCACGGCAGGUUACGGGCGGCACACCCCGGGGGUCGCCCAGCCGGGUCCGGAGGGCUGUAACUGCGGAGGCUCCGUCUCCUUUAGCGCCAUCCUCUCCCUGAAGCGCGGAGACCAGGUGAAGCUGGUGAUGACCGCGGGCAGGCUGGCGGCCUCCGAAACCAGAGAGGUCCUCUCCACCUUCAGCGGCAUCUUCCUCUACUCCGCCCCAGACAGCAGAUAGCCCCGCCCCCACCACCAACAGCAACAGAGGGGGCCAGUUCCAUCAAAGCACAAAGCAGUUUAGUCUCAACUUUGUAAGACAAAUGUAAGGCAGUGUUAUUUUUCUUCUUCUCUGAGACUACGUUUUAAUUUAUUUAAACCUGAAAUAUAAACAAAAAAUGUUGUGUAAGUCGUGGAGAUAAAAAGGUUUUAUAAACAGUUUUAAAUGAUCAUUUGAAAUCUUUGGCCAAACUGCUUUGCUCUUUAAUGGAACCGAUCCUUUGAGGGAGAUGGAGGCAAUUUUGUGAUAUGGAGCAGUAAUAUAUUUUGUCACAAUCUAUGUCUGCUUUUUAAAAAUCUCUUAUUUUCCAAAUGUAAAAAGACUUUUUUUAUAUUUUUCAAAUGUAA